AUGGCUGUCAAUAUGGCCGAUGAGGAACUCUUCAAAAGGGCCAUCUCUGGGUAUCGGGACGCUUUCUUGGAUCGCCAUUCCCAUCUUUCGGAAGCAGAGCGCAAUGAACUUUGGAGUCAGCAGUUAAAUCAGUUCAUGCCCGCGUCGACCGCUAGGUCUUCUCCCAGCUACCGCCCGGUUUCUGGUUCUGGCAUCCUUGAUAAUGGUGGUUCAUCUCUCGAGAAAUCUGGGAAACGGACUCGACAGGAUACUCCUCGGACUCUACCUGGUUCUGGUCUUCCUCCGACGAAACGACGAGUCACCACUCCGGAACCUCCGGUGACCGUUGACCUGACGCGCGAUCUGUCGCAUGCGUCCUCGCCAGCUGCUCCCCAGACGAUUCGGAAACUCUCUAGAUCGAAUUCUCGCAAGGACAACUACACGGGUCUUGGUCCCUCCCGGCACACGGCCAUGGUCCGCUCGCAGAGUCAGCAAACUCCGGCUUCCCACCGACCCUCGCUGGCCACCCCCGUGGCGGGGCACCGACAUUCCUAUGGACCCCAGCGCAUCAAUCGCCGUCUUGACCAUGUCAACGAAUAUUCCCCGUCCGAAUAUGCAAAGCAAUGUUUGGAUGACAACCAGGCCCAUGGCGGAGUCUCCGCCCUCUCGAUGGGGCUCUCUGCCGACACCACGGUGACUGGACUUCCACAGUUGAAUCCAUCCUUCGUCCAGCAACCUCACGGACAAUCGGAGCUGGUCCCCGAUUUGGCUGGGCUAGGGAAGCCAUCUUUGGUUGAUCAACCGGCCCCCCCGGCGUCGACCGCGGUGGAGAUGAGUAGGACCCCGACCACCGACUCCUUGUGCGGAGGUAUAGGAAUGAUGCGAUUCGAUUCGUCGGGACCGAACCUCAAUCCUAAUUGCUCGUUUCCUUUCCCUUCCUCUGAGUUCAUUCCUUCCUCCUCCCCUAUGAACGUCCCAUUCACCAACCCCUUCACAUCCGCGCAGCGUGACAUGGAUCAUGUCUCGUUUCCUUUUACUGAGUCUUCUGCCCCACCCUCCUUCUCCUGCUCUGCUCCUCCUGCCACGUCUUUUGCACCGUCUGUAUGCACUCUUUCUUCGUCUCCGGCCACGGAGAUGAAGCAUUCCAUGUCUUCCGAGAGCAGCAGCUCGUCUCUUUCCCAGCCCUCACGAGCGGCUCGGAGAACCCAAGAACAGAUCGUUCAGGGCACUAGGCCCAUUGCUCCUAAAGUGGGCUCUCAGAGCAUGUCUCCGCCGAAGGUGACAGAGCAAACCAAGAUGAUUCGUAUCUCAUCCUCGGAUGGGACUGCCAAAGAGGUCGCAGCCAUUCCCAAAGCCUCGAUCCAGCGACCCCCACGCCAAAAGACGUACUGCACCAUGUGCAACGACCAGCCCGACGGCUUUCAUGGGGAGCACGAGCUGCGUCGACACAUCGAGCGGGUCCACGCUGUGGUUCGUAAGGUCUGGGUUUGUGUUGAUAUCUCUCCUGGCAAAGCUUUCUUGGCCAACUGCAAGGCUUGCCGGAAUGGAAAGCGAUAUGGUGCUAACUAUAACGCUGCCGCUCACUUGCGUCGGACCCACUUUAAUCCCUGCCAGCGUGGCCGGGGCGGACGUGGGAAAGACAGCGAGAAGCGAGGCGGAAAGGGUGGUGGCAAUCAUCCACCGAUGGAAGUCCUCAAGCACUGGAUGGUGCAGAAGGAGGAAGUAGUCCUUGAGAAUGCUCAAAACUUUAUUGACCAAGAUGCACUAGGCGAUGAUCUAGUUGCGGCACCAGGCCCUGUCCCCCCGGAAGAGAUGAUGAGUGGCCUGUCCUCAAUCUCACCAGAAGACUUCCAAGCCCCAGGGCUGGAGUCAACAUUGACGAAUGGGUAUGACGCAUUCUCUACUUUCCCCACGAUGGGCAUGGAUUCGUCGCUUGAUGCGUCAUGUUAUAUCGAUUCUCAGCCGUUAGUUCCUGAGAUCGACUCAUUUCAAGGCAGUGCUUUUGCCAUGCAAGUUGGUGAUACUUGUGGUACUUUCACUCACCGCAGUGGUACUAAACCUUGGCACUUACUACUUACUACCUCUGACAUGACCCCACUAAAAUGA